UUGUUAUCUGAAGAAUGUUGGCUCCUUUUCAGUGCUACUACUACUGCUACUCUCUCUCUCUCUCUCCUCGCGCACACACAGCUUGAAGAAGAUGUCAGGAAGAAGAAGAGUUUCUGAUUCUUCCAUUAUUGGACGAAGAAGAAUUGCUGAUCAUAAUUGUCAAAAAGGUACAAUAUUUCCCUCAUUCUUAUUUCAUCUGUUUCGUUCUCUCUCUAACACCACCACAAGCCCUACUUCUCCUCCUCCUCCUCCUCCUGCUGCUGUAAUACCCAAACAACGAUGCAAUUUGGGUCCCAAUCAUCUUCAAUCUGCUUUAAUUUCGUUCAAUCGCAUGCUCCAAAUGCGACCUUUGCCCCCCAUUUAUCAAUUCAACAAAGCUUUAGGGCCUAUUACGAAAAUGGGUCAUUACGACAUCUCUCUUUCUCUUAUUCUCAACAAGCUGCUACAGUUCCAGGGCAUUCAGCUCGAUAUCUACACCUUCAACAUUGCUAUUAACUGUUAUUGCCGCCUUAAUCAAGUCCAUUUCGGCUUCUCUCUGUUAGGUUCCCUCUUCAAACGCGGUUUUACACCUGAUGCAACAACCUUCAACACUCUGAUUAAUGGACUUUUUUUGGAAGAUAAAACCCCUGAAGCUGUAGAGUUAUUUACGCAAUUAAUCAGAACUAGAGAAAUUGAACCCAACGUGGUUAUGUAUGGAACCAUUGUUAAUGGGCUCUGCAGAACCGGGAACACUAUCAGUGCUGUUAGUUUGCUUAGGAUAAUGGAAGAGGGAAGUUGUAAACCUGACACCGUAGUGUAUAACACAAUCAUUGAUAGUCUUUGCAAGGAUAGAAUGGUGGACGAUGCUGUGAAACUCUUUACAGAAAUGGAAGAAAAGGGUAUUUUCCCAGAUGUUGUCACUUAUACCUCUUUGAUUCAUGGCCUAUGUAAUUUUGGAAGGUGGAAGGAGGCUACCAAAAUGUUAAGAAAAAUGUUGGAUGCCAGUAUUUCUCCAAAUGUUCGUACAUUUAAUGUGUUCGUGGAUGCACUUACCAAGGAAGGGAAGGCAAAGGAGGCAGAGGAGGUACUUGAAGUCAUGAUACAAAGAGGUGUGGAUCCUAAUGUAGUCACAUACAGUACUCUAAUGGAUGGAUAUUGUUUGCAAGGCCACAUGGAUGAAGCAAUUAGAGUGUUCAAUACCAUGGUGGAUAGGGGCCUCCACCCUGAUGUUUUUAGCUAUGGCAUUCUAAUCAACGGAUAUUGCAAGAAGAUGAAAAUAAAUGAGGCCAUGUAUCUCUUUCGAGAAUUGCCUCGGAGGGGUUUGAAACCUAACACUGAAACCUUCAGUGCUAUCCUACGGGGCUUGUUUCAAUUAGGUAGAUGUGGAGCUGCUCAAAAACUUUUUAAUGAGAUGCAAACUGUAGGCAUAAUUCCAGAUUCUCAAACUUAUGGUAUCUUAUUAGAUGGGUUGUGCAAAAAUGGGCAUAUUUCUGAAGCAUUAUCAUUAUUCCACAUGAUGGAGCGGAACGGUUUAGAUCAUAAUGUUGUUAUGUACAGUAUUCUUAUUGACGGAUUUUGCAAGGAUAAAAAGCUUGAUACUGCAAGGGCCCUUUUCAAUAACCUUUCUUCCAAGGGAUUACAUCCCGAUGUUAAGACAUACAAUAUGAUGAUACAUGGUCUUUGUGAAGAAGGCCUAUUGCAUGAAGCUAAGGAGUUGUUUGUUAAAAUGGAACAGAGUGGUUGCUUGGCAGAUGGUGUCACUUACAACACUAUUAUCCGAGGAUUUAUUGGACACAACAAGUGCUAUGAGGCAUUAAUACUUGCUGAGGAAAUGGUUGAAAGGGGUUUUUCAGCAGAUGCAUCCACUUUUCCCAUGAUCAUAGAUAUACUCUCAACUAAAGGACAAGAUCCUGCUCUCCAUGAAGUGAUAAAGAAGUUCAUGCACAAAGAUAGUCAUGGCAUGCAAGAGAAAGAGUAAAUUUCUUAAGAUAUGAAGGUAAGGCUAGGUGAAACCGAUGUUUUUGGGUUGAUGUUGAUAAAAGCUUUAUGGCAACGUCCUUCAACUACAGUGUCUUGUAAAGAAAUAGGAGAACACGGUUGGAUAGUCAACUAAUUUACCAUCAAUCAGAUCACACAUCAUAUGAAGCGAGUUUUUAAGAGCCUGUGAAAUAUACUCAGCGACAAACUCAGCAUGCAGUUGAAGUUCUAGGCUGACCAAACUGAGUCCUUCUGCAUUUGCUUUGAUUCAAUAUGUUACUAUUUCCCUUAGCAUAAACCAGAUGUACUUGGUAUUUUUAAGAGUCUUUGUACACUGAAGCAUUACAUGUUUAGCUUUGAAUGUCCUCGUAGCAAAUUAUGAUCUCAAAUCCUGGCUGGAGAUUUUUCCAUUUUUUUUUUUUUUCUGAAUGAGUGCUGGAGUUACUGAAUGUUAUAUAAGAAUUUUCUUAUAUGAAUUUAUUGUCAGAUUGAUAAUUAAAUUGGA